AUGGACCUCUUCGCCGCCACCUCGAGGGUCGUCUCCCUGGCGCGGUCCGGCGCCAUCGCCGCGGCACGCCGCCUGUUUGACGCCAUGCCGUGCCGAGACACCGUCGCCUGGAACGCCAUGCUGGCGUGCUACUCCCGCCACGCCCUGCUCGCCGAGGCCCUGACCCUCUUCUCCGCCAUGAGGGCCUCCGGCGCCAAGCCCGACGCCUUCUCCCUCACGGCGGCGCUGAGCGCCGCCGCUUCGGCGCGCGACUUGCGCCGCGGCGAGCAGCUCCACGCCCUGGCCAUCGCGCUCGCCCUUCCGGCCGCCUUCCCCGUCAGCAACGCCCUCAUCGACAUGUACGGCAAGUGCUCCCUCCCAUCCAGCGCCCGGCAGGUCUUCGCCGAGAUGGACGACCCGAACGAGGUCUCCUGGUGCUCCCUACUUUCCGCCUACGCAUCCUCCGGCUGGCUUCAGAAGGCCCGCCACCUGUUCGACGAAAUGCCAUUGAGGAAUGCCGCCGCCUGGAACGCGCUGAUGGGAGGGUACAUCCAUCACGGAGAGGUGGAGUUGGCGGCGUCUCUGUUCAGAGAGAUGGCGGCGCACGGGGUGAGAGGGGACAUCUGGACUUUCUCCAGCCUCGCCGCCGCCUGCGCCGAGCUGGAGGACCCUCGCUUGGGGUUUUCUCUCCACGGGUUGGUCGUCAAGUGUGGCUGGAGCUCGGCGGUGGAGAUCGGCAAUUCCGUCAUCAGCUUCUACGCCAGGCUCGACCUCGCCGAGGACGCACAGAAGGUGUUUGACGCUCUCCCCAGCAAAACCCAGGUCUCGUGGAACGCGGCGAUGGACGCCCACAUGAGAGCCGGCGGCGUCGUGGCGGCGCUGCGGCUCUUCUGGGCGGCGCCGGCGAGGAACGCCAUCUCCUGGACCGCCGUCAUAGGCGGGAUGGCGCGGAACGGGCGCGCGGAGCAGGCGCUGCGGUUCUUCUCCGCCAUGGUUGGCUGCGGUCUCCACCCUGACGAGCUCACCUUCACGCCGGUCCUGCAGGCUUGCGCCGAGCUGGCUCUGCUGCAUCAGGGCAGGGCGGCUCACGGCGGCCUCCUCCGCCGCGGCUUCCACGGUGACGUUUUCCUCGCCAACGGGCUCAUCAACAUGUACGCCAAAUGCGGCGACGUCGACUCCUCCAUCCGGGCCUUCCUCGGCGCCGCUUGCAGGGACCUGGUUUCCUGGAACACGCUGCUCCUCGGGCUCUCCCUGCACGGGCGGGCGGCGGAGGCGGUGGCGGCGUACGAGGAGAUGGCGGAGGAGGAGCUAUCCCCCGACGGGUUCACCUUCGCCGGCCUGCUGAUGGGCUGCAGCCACGCCGGGCUGGUGGAGCAAGGUAGCGCCCUCUUCGCAGCGAUGGGCGUCCUCGCCGGAGUGGACCACGCCGCCUGCGUGGUGGACAUGCUGGGGCGAGCCGGGCGGCUGGCGGAGGCGGCAGAGCUGGUGGCGCGGUGGCCCGCGGCUCCCCUGCGGGAGUCCCUGCGCGGCGCCUUGGGCCGGCUCGGCGUCGGAAGGGCGGCGGUGGUGGAGGAGCUGCUGAGGAGCCACUCCAUUGAGGGGGUGGAGGAGGAGGAGGCGGCGGCGUAUGUGGCGCUAUCGAACAUGUGCUGCUCGGGCGGGCUCUGGGAGGCGGCGGCGGAGGUAAGGAAGGCCAUGGCGGCGCGGGGCGUGAGGAAGCCGCCCGGUCGCAGCUGGGUGGAGGCGAAGGGGAAGGUGGAGGCCUUCUUCGCCGGCGGGCUGGAGGGUCUCCUUCUGCCGGAGGCGGAGGCGGUGCUGGCCACGCUGCGAUCCUUGGAGUCGGAGAUGAGGAGCCCUAGCUCCAUUCUCAGCGACCAUCCGGGGAGGUGA